CGGAGAGCUUAAGACAAAUAAGUGAGCACCAAAAGAGAUGAGUAAGAAAGAAAGCGACUCGUGCCGCACCAGAAGUGCAGCACGAACUUAUAACUAUACCCUAAUCAUCGUAGAUUGGUCGCAAGCUAUUUCUGGAGGAGACGAUGAGCCUCGAAGUGAGCUCGCGAACAGUGAUGUGAUGGCGAUGAUCUAAAAGCAGCACUGGCAAAAAAAAAAAAGGCCACUAAAACGUGCCGUGGCAUUUUAAGUGACAUCCCCCAGAUACUCCGUACACUCAAUUGAUCAAGCUCUUUGAGAAAACAUAUGUUCAGGAAAAUGUAAAACUCUUGGGUGCGAGAUGGGAAUGCGUCAAUGUUACUUGAAGUAAGAAGUACUGCAGCCCAAGUGCUUGCUGACCAUGUCCACCUUCGAUGGCAUUGUUGAAGAAUUCCCUCAAAUUCGAAUUGAUUACUUUCGAAAAAACCCUGAUCGGCCAGCUCCACUGGCAUGCUUUCUCAGCCAUGUUCACAGCGACCAUCUUCAGGGCCUCGAGUCACUGAGAGCACCGUUCAUAUACUGCUCAGCUGCUACGCGAGAGAUCCUUCUCCGCCUUGAGAAGUACCCCCAUCGCAUAAAUUUUAGCAAGGGGAUCUUGGAGUCAAGGAAGAAGCACUACAAACACCUAUCUAAACUAUUGCGUCCCAUUCCGCUGCAAGUUCCAACGGAGAUCGAGCUGAGCCCGAGAAAUAAUGUUCGAGUCACUCUCUUCGAUGCUAACCAUUGUCCUGGGGCUGUUAUGUUCCUCAUAGAGGGGAAUAGGAAAGCCAUCCUGUAUACCGGCGAUAUUCGAGCGGAAUCUUGGUGGGUGGAUAACCUUAUCAGGCACCCUGUCCUCAUUCCAUAUACCCUUGGAAGCAAGCGGCUUGAUAAGAUCUAUCUCGAUACCACCUUCGCUACGAAAUCCAACGUGUAUCAAUCCUUUCCCUCAAAAGCAGAAGGAAUCAGAGAACUUUUAGAGAAGAUACAGACCUAUCCAGAUAGCACUCUAUUCUAUCUACGCGUGUGGACCUUUGGCUAUGAAGAUGUCUGGCUAGCGUUGUCAGCCGCGCUUAACACCCGGAUCCAUGUUGACGAAUAUCAGAUGGGCGUGUACCGAUCUCUAACGACACGGGUUACGAAUGGCUUUGGUGUUGAUGAAGCACCAUUCCUUUGCGGAUUCCAGCUCGGCAAUACACAAAUUCCUGGCUGCUUGACUGUCGAUCAUGGAGCUAGAAUCCAUAGUUGCGAACCUGGUAUGGUCUGCUCAUCCAUUUCCAAAGGCCCUUCCGUAUAUAUUACUCCCAUUGUAUCACGUAUGGAUGACGGCUCCGAGAUUCCUGAACUGGGCGCUGGUGGCGGACAAGGCGACCUUUACCAAAGCCAUGAACUGGAGCUACAAGAUGAUUUUGCAUUUCAGCAGCUUUUAAACGUAUGCUCUGAACGUAUUCAGGACGAGGAAAUCCGAGCGUCGAUAAUAGCUGCUUUGUCAGAAGCACGUAAUUCGAACUCGAAAUCGUUGUCACUUGAUGCCUAUGGUAUAAAGGAAGAUGAUGAGAUCUCAGUCCAGCAACUCGUGAGUAUUCUAAGUCGAGGACCACCAGCAGAGAACCUAUCGAAUCCCUCCGCCGCCAAUUUACCCAAAUUUGGACAGGGACAACCUGGACGUAACCUUCCAAACACAAUACGUUUUCCCUAUUCCCGUCACUCCUCCUACGCCGAACUCUGCAAUUUCGUCAAAGCCUUCAAACCACAGGAUAUCUUCCCUUGCACGGUAGACCCUGCGACCUGGAAUGAAGACGUGUCCAUGUGCACGUUAUUUGGCCACCUAUGUUCUGGCGCCAAUUUUGCCCACGACGAGCUCAUGAGAAGGACUAUCAAGCAGGCGGAACACCGACCGCAGAAGCGGAGACGGAUAAGAAGCGAUUCCUCAUCCUCGAUAAAUUCAACACAGCAGUCGGAUUCGGAUAUACUGCUCAUUCAAGAGACCGAACUGCCUCCAGUCAUCCCAAUAGCUGCAAUCCACGAAAGUAAACACGAUUCCAAUUCGGACCGUUUGCCAGAAUUGCAGAUUCAAGAAGCUGAUCUUUGUCCCGCAGCUGCGCGACGCGUCUGCCAGCAGACAUCACAAAACAUAAACCUAGAAUCGCGCAACGAUAUGACCUCGCAAAUGUCAUCCGUGAACUCCCAACUGAUCGCAAUAAAACAUGCUCUGAAAGAAAAACACCUAAACCAUGAACUGGAAUUCCACCUACCAUCGUCACUUUCAGACUUUGGAACUGAGAUUGAUGAUUCUUCACAGCGAACCUCAAAUGCCCAAGCUCAAGCCCAAGCCCAAUCCCAGUCUCAAAACCUCAGCACAUCCCUUUCCCUCCACUUUUCUCAGCAACACACGACCCAGGGUGGUAAUAACAGUCAAACAUCCACCGGCGCCAAUAACAAUAACCGUAACUACAACGACGACGACGACGACGACAGCCAAGCUGAUAGCCCCGAAACCCACCUCUCACUCUUCCAAUCCGCCUUUGAUCUCGAACAAACCACCACAGCAGACUCCAGCACGACAAGUGAAAGAAGGAAACGUCGCAUCGCCGCGUACCGCGCGGCUCGGGUAGGCACGUACGAGGCAUGGUCUAGCAUCCACUCGCUUGUCAGCGCGGGCAAUAAUCAUACCGAGGAGGAAGUGGAGCUGUGAGUGCCUCGCAGAGUGGGGGAGAGGUUGGACAGCAUACGUUUAUGUAUGAGUUUUGCCAGUUGUUAUUUUCUCCUUUGUUUUAAAGAAGAGGGGGUGUUAAGUGGGAGGUGUGGAGCGGCGUGAUUUUAAUUUUUAUUUCGUGGAAUUACGGUGGCAGGAUUUAUUUGGGUGAUCUUCAUUCAUAUCUUCAGUCUAUCUGUGUGAUGGGAAAGUGGUAUAUUCGCUGGUCUGUGUCGGAGAAUGAUAAACGCCUUGCUAUUAUUCUCUCUUUCGCUUCGUUUCCUCCGUUGACUGUUGACUACCUGGCGACACCUCUCCACUACUCUGAAUAAUAGCGUACCCAAGGAACAGGCCACCUCUCCUCUAAGGUGUCUGGAGUAGAUAUCAUGCAUUCCUCAAUAGUAAAUUUUCUUCAAACGGAAAAGGAGCACUCUCGGUUUCAAAGAUUAGCUAUGCUGGAAGUACUCUAGAAUCUAGAAAGACACAAUACCUUCAUAUCAUUUCUUAUUUCCCAACUUUUUAAUUUCAGCUAAUCAUACAUCAAGUAGAUAAAAAAAUAUGUGCUAGCAAGCCUUAAGCACAGAGGUAUAG